UGUGGGGUGUAGAGCAGCGUGGGAGAAAAAUAAACAAAAAUCAUGGCCAAUUUGACAGAUGGUGGUGAUCAAAGUUUUUGCAGUGUGACAGUUCAGCAACAGCAGCAACAGCAUCAAAUAUCAAAUGUUGGUGUAGUGGGCGGUGUUGGUGGUGCCAGUGGGAAUGUGUCGCAUGCCGGCAACGCCUUGCACGUAGGCGUUAUGGGUGGUGCGGGUGGGGGUGUUGUGGGUGACGAUGGGGAGACCGGAUUGGGUAAUGCGGCAACAACAACAACAGCGUCGUCGAUGGCGCUGAUGGGAUCGAUGACGCCGACCGCAUCUACCACGACCCUGACGGCAACGCCAACCGUUGGUACGUGGACGGAAUUUUGCGAGCGUCACGCACGGGCGGCCGCAGCGGACUUUGCCCGAGCGUGCGUAAAUUACGUCACCAACAAUCUGCCGGAAGUGGCCCGCCAUACGAUCUCCCAUCGGGAUUUUAUGCGCCGUUUUGUUCACUGCUUCGAGUCUCGCUUCGAGGACGAGUUUCAGCGCCGAAAAGCGCAACCUAAGACUGGAAAUGGAUCCGCUACGGUACCGGAGGAAAGCGAUUAUUCCGAGGAUACAGAUUCGCCAAAAACCAACCACAAGCCGUUCUUCCGACGACUAUCGUUCAAAGGGCUCCGAAAAGGCAAGGUAAUUCAUGCAUUUUUCCACAAACAACACUCCGACGAGGUGGAGCUAUCCGAGCGGCGUGCCAGCAAAACGAAACUAGCCAAGAUUGUGGUCGAAUGUCGGAAGGAAGGUACGGUGUUUUACCUGUCGCCCGAGAAUCUCGACCAGCCCGGUUCACAGAAGUGGGAAAAAUGUAAGCUGGUGCUAGUGAAGACGGUCUCAGGAUAUAUGCUGGAAUUUUACUCACCACCAAAGUCACAGAAGCCCCGCAGUGGAGUGUUUUGCUUUCUUAUAACGGAGGCACGCGAAACGACGGCCCUCGAGAUGCCCGAUCACGAAAAUACGUUCGUGCUGAAGGCUGGCAACAAUAUGGAGUACGUCAUCGAGGCCCGCGACACGGACGACAUGCGCAGCUGGCUUGCCACGAUACGCUACUGUAUGCGUAGUACGCAAACGAACUCCGAGCCAUCCGAUUCGACGACUGCCACGGAUUUGAUCAGCAGCCUCAGUACGUCCAUGUCGCACGGAGGUACCGGCAUUCCAUCGACCCUAGCGACCAGCAGUGCGCUUGCCACGGACGUCAACAACCUCAGCCUAAAUCAAUCGCUAACGACCCCGACCGCGACCGGUACGACGGGCCCUUCCGGCGGUACUGGAGCAGCCAACGCAUUACCUACCGGAACCGGUAUGGCCAAUGCAAACAUCAACAACAACAACUCCUCCCUUGGCACCGGAGCAAGCGCACCAGAGUUGCCACCCCGUCGGCCGGACGAUCGGAUAUCAUCGUCGAGCAAUUUCGAGCUGACGGAAAACGAUCUGGACCUGUCGCACGAGCACGAUACCGACCUGACGGCAAUGAUGCGCGAAUACCCAUGGUUCCACGGUACGCUGCCACGCUUCGAAGCUGCCCAGCUGGUACUGCGCGAAGGCAUCUCUAGUCACGGCGUAUUCCUGGUGCGGCAAAGCGAAACGCGCAAGGGCGAGUUUGUGCUGACGUUCAACUUCCAGGGCAAGGCAAAGCAUCUGCGCAUGACGCUGAACGAUCUGGGACAGUGCCGGGUGCAGCAUCUUUGGUUUCCCUCAAUUACCGAAAUGCUGGAACACUUCCGGCAGCAUCCGAUCCCGCUGGAAUCGGGCGGUACCGCGGAUGUCACGCUAACCGGGUACGUGCUGACGCCCCAGCACCAACAAUUUACCCACGCCCAGCAACAGUCCCAGCAGCACCAACAGCACCAGCAGCAGCAAUCAACGGCCACCGGAUUGCAAGCCGGUCCACAGACGGCAACCAGUAACAAUUACUCUACCACGCUUAUCGGUAGCAGCAGUGCAAACAGUAGCAAUGCUGUGACCGGUACUACGGCCGGUACUACCAACGUUUCCAACUCCUCCAACACGCCCAGUGGGGCUGCCGGUACGAUAGCGGCCGGUAGCGGUAGUGCAGCAGCAGGCAACAAUCCCCAAACCAGCCCAAGACAUCCAACGCAAGCGAUCACGCUGAACGGAAGUGUGCGGAUCAAAACUUGUGAUCUGGAACUGUCGCUGCAAACGGUCCCGGUCGAGCAGAUGAAUUCGCAUCUCCACCAUUCCCAUCAGCAGCAGCAGCAGCAGCACAUUCAUCUCCAUUCGUCACAACAGCAACUGCAGCCAGGAACGAGUGGUCUCGGUCAGGGUUCGGCAUCCGGUUCCCAGCAAACCGGCACGGGCGACGAUGUGCAGCGGGCCGUCGAUAAUCAGUACAGCUACGUUUGAACGUAAUUUGUCCACGUUCAGUUUUAAGGCUGUAGUGUAAAC